GUCAACAUCUGCGGCUAAAAUACCUACAGACAGCACCAUGAGAGAGACAUCGGAGAAAGUAGCUACUGCUGGAUCGCAGGAUUUCGAGCAAUGCAUGCCAACGACAUACAGCGGGACACGGUCUCCCGCCGCAUUUGGUCGUCAACUGUGGUUUGGUGGUGCCGCUCUCGUUAUCGGUGCAAUACUGAUGUUUUGCGGAGCCAUCGGAGCUUUCUACCUAUGGAAAGGAAGUGACAGAAGUGUGUACAAUGUUCGCUAUAGCAUGAGCAUUAACGGAAAGGUAAAGGAGGGAACCAUGGAGAUCGAUUCAGAUAAUAACCUCGAAAGGUUUCGAACUGGCAGUGGGAGCGACGAGGCCGUGGAGAUCCAUGACUUCCACAUUGGAAUCACUGGAAUACACUUCUCUGGAGGACAGAAGUGCUAUAUUAAAUCGCAAGUCAAAGCCAGCCUUCCAGACGUGGACUCUUUUAACAAGCAGUCAUUGAUGUUUGACCUGACGGAUGACAUCAUGCCAGUAAAGUUUGAUGAUGAGUCUCUUAUCUGGAUGGCUGCGGACCACCCUCUGAAGGACACCAGUUUUCUGAGCACCACCAUCCUGGACCACUGUGGAGGACUCCCUAUCUUCUGGCUCCAACCAACCUAUCAUAAAGAUGGGGAGAGGAGAAAGAGAGACACCCAGCGUGCCAAGCGUCAGUUUGACAUGGAGGAGUUUGAGACUGCUGCAGAGGAGAGGAACACCGUGGGCCGUGUGGAGAACAGCACCUCCAAAAGGGCAGUGGAGGAUGAGGGGGGGUUAGCCUACACCGUGGGGUCAGGCUUCAACCCAGAAAACCCCUAUCAUCGCAGUCAGGAUGGAGAUGAAGGCACCAUGACCUUUGACCCCAUGCUGGACCAUCGAGGGAUCUGCUGCACGGAAUGCCGACGCAGCUACACCCACUGUCAGAGGAUAUGUGAGCCCCUGGGCGGCCACUGGCCCUGGCCUUACAACUACAGAGGUUGCCAGGUAGCCUGCAGAGUGAUUCUGCCUUGCCGUUGGUGGGUGGCCCGCAUAUUAGGUAUUCUGUGAGGGCAUACACUUUUCUCCUGCUAAAUGGACCAAUUAAGCCAAAUAUGCCAAAUGUCUCUAAAGUUAAGGCUCCACAAUGGUGUAUUUAUAUGCAGAUAUUUAUUUUGUAACAUGGUGUUUGGUUGUAAAUACCUGAUGUAGCAGACACGUUUAGCUUGUUAGCAUGUAACAGGGACCACAGAGCAUUAGUGAGAAUCUGCCAGCUAAGACAAAUUUACACCUGGACCCUUGAGACAAUAUUUAGCAUAUAAACCACGUACUCUCUUUCAGCAGGCUGAGAAAACAGACUUUGGAGAGAACAAGUAAGAAUCCCAGUUGGUAGAUUUAGAUUUAGAUUUGCAAGUAACCACAUACCCUAUUAAUCUCUGUCUUUUACAAAAAACAUUAACUACAUACCAAUGCUUCAAGCACUGCACGGUAUUUGAUGGAAUGUAUGGAAAUGGGUGCAAAGGC